AGGCAUUGUUGUUAGCUCACAUGCUAACACUAGCCAGUUGUCAUCACGGAAUACGGGAGAGACCUGUUGUCUGGAGCAGAGGGGGGGGGGUGCUCUGUAGUGUGAUGUGUGUGUAACAAAGAGUUGUCCUGUCAGCAGCGGGACUCGUCUUCACCUCAGCCCCUGUUUGCCUCCUCCGAUCCGGGGCUGCUGUUGUGUUGUUCUCCCUCCGGUGUGUAGACACGGUGCACAGCCGCAGAUCUGUCACCAUCCGCCGGGUAACGGUGGACACUAGAAGCCCGUGAUGUUCAACCCCCACAUCCACCAGCAGCAGCAGCAGCAGCAGCAGCAGUUCCACCAGCACCUGCGGCAGCUGCAGCAACUUUUCCAGCAGCAGCCUCCGCCUCCUCCUCCUCCGCAGCCGCCUCCGGGCCAUCAUGUCGCCCAUCACCACCACCAGAACCAGCGAGCCCUUACCGUGCCUUCCCAGACAGCCAAUCCUCAAAGGAUGGUCAACCUCUGCCAGGCAACCCAGACAAACCUCCUCGCCCCCAAUCCCAUGCUUCAGGGGGCCUUACUGAUGCAGCAGAUGCAGGGUAACAUGCGUGGCUAUGGGAUGGGUGGGCAGCAGUUCCAUCAGUUCUUCGCUGCAGGGGCCAGGUCGUCUCUGCUGGGGCCGGUUCCCAUGGGCAUGGCCAUGAAGUCGCCCAUGAUGGGUUACCCAGCUGCACGAUCAUUUCAUCCACACGCUCGCUACUACAACAAUAACAGCAACACCGCCACCAUCACAACUGCAGCUCCUUCUACAGCCUCCUCCUCCUCUUCAUCCAUCACCACAGACAUCAUCGCUCGCCAGCCAGACAGGAAGCAGGAUGGCGAGCAGAUUGCAGCAGGAAGCACAGAAGCUGAACCAGCAGCUAGCAGCACCAGUGAUGCCCAUGAUAAGUCUGAAACAGAUGGUGAGGUGGGAGAAGUCGAUGGUGCCACACAGAUAUUGGAUGAGGAACUUGACGGACCGGCUGCGAAAAAGCCUAGAACAGAGGAGCCAGAGACGAUCGUUUCAGAUGCAGAUGCAGAUGCAGAGCUUCUGUCUUCAGAGAAUAACAGCAACACCGAGAACCAGAAUGAAGAUUGCGUCAUUCUGGAAGAAGGAUGCUCUACGGGGGAAUCAGAUGUUGUUGAGAUGGUGGAGAGCAGAGCUGAUGAGGUGAAGACAUGUUUAUCUGCCCCGUCACCAUCUGGCGGGCUGAAUGAAGAUGACCAGCAGGUUAAUUUACCCUCAGAGGAGAUGUCACAGGGAAAAGACGAGUCCCUGUGUUCACCGGGCAACCUGGACGAAGGGGAGGAGGGUGUAGCGGACAGCACCAACAAGUUCUACUGCUACCUCUGCAGCAUCACCUGCCACAGCCAGCAAAACUUCAGGAGUCAUAUGAACAGUGUAAACCACCAGCAGAGGAUGAUGGAGAUCCAACACAUGAGCAACGCCUGUCUGGUCACACUACUGCCCCGGGUGCAGGAGUCUCUACAGGGAGCAGUCCAAGAUGGAGAGAAAAAAGCCGACUUGAAGCGUUGGUGUGCCACCUGUCACACCCACUUCACCACUGACGUCACGGACCACCGUCGCACCGAGGAGCACAAACUCGCCAGUAGAACCGCCAUCUCCUCCUGCAUGGUCUGCAAGAAACACUUCGGGAACGCUCAGAUUUUUGUGGAGCACUUGCAGUCCCAAGAGCACAAACACAAAAUGGAGAAGCUCCAGGAAAAAGACGGCUGUGAGGGCUUGGCCAAGCUGACUGCCAUGGACACAGAAGGCUUUUCCCUGGAAGGGGAGCAGAACAGUGAAGUUGAAGAGGAAGAGGAAAGGCAGAGGAAUGAAGAAGACCCAGAUUCCUCUGAGAAGCAGGACGACUGGUCAUCCCCUAAGGAGGUGACUCUAAAGAACAUGGCCAGCGAAGAGCAGUAUGACCCCGACACAGUCUAUGGAUCCAGUUUCUUUGUUCCAGUGGCAGGUUUCAUUUGCAGACUCUGCAACAAGUUCUACCACUUUGAAUCUUCUGCCCUACACACCCACUGCAAAUCACUGACGCACUUUGAGAACCUCAAGAGGUCCAGAUCUUUGCUCAGUAAGAAGGAGGAAGCUGUUAGAGAACGUCUCCUCGCUGCAGACAGCCUCAGACCUGUAAAAGAAAACACCACAGACUUGUCAGAAGAAAAUUCUCUCUCAGAUGACACUGGUUCAGUGACAAACUCCACACAGCCCAAAAUUACACUGACAGAGACAGAAAACCAGCAGAAUGAGAAUGAACCGGAACCCGACCCAACAUCAAAUGACACCAUCACCACCUCAGCGACCUGCGCUGGCAGCACAGACGAAGACCUCCCCCUCCACAGCCAAGAGGAAGAGAGCUCAGCCCAGGCGUCUGUGCUCCAGGAGAGUCCUGCUGAGCUGUCUGCUGAAAGCAGAGAGGAGCCGGACUCCAUGCAGGCAGCUGUUGCUGAGGAUGUCAAGGAGGAGGAGCAGCUGGAGAUGGAAGCUCCUGCUGUUCCAGGGAAAAAGAACGGCACAGCGAAGGGAAAAACUGCAGCCAAACGCAGGUCAGGGAGGGCAAACAGACGCUGAGACAAGAAGGUGCGGCGUGGAAAGACAGGACACCUGGUGCAGCCUGAACACAGGAUGUGUCAGGGUUUGAAGAGGUGCUUUCAUCAAACAGCGAGACCAAGACGUGCACAGACCAGCCCCUCUCCAUGUUAGAAAAUGAAACGCACACAGAUAAAUAGGAAGAUUGCUGAUGGUGAAUCCCUCUGCUAGGGUGGGAAAUUAACAGCUGGUAUCAAAAGCAUUGAUAGUGAGGUAGAAAAGCACGGUGUUGAGUGUGGUCACAGCCGUGGGAAAUUAAAUAACAUUAAUCAGCAUGAGAUCAUGAUUGAGUCUGAAAGACUCGACCCAAAACACCUGUUCAGUAGUUACACAUUAAUUAAAACUGCAUUCACGUUGCUAGAAAUAAUAAUGACAUUUUAAAACAAGGAAAUCCCCCACUAAGAUAUCCAGCAUACAUAAUUAUUCUUUACAACAUACGGAUAUUCAGUCAGGCUUUGCUUAUGACAUGUGUUCACACUGGAAAAGUUACAUUAGUUAGUAUAUACCCUAACUAAAAAAGUCUAUUGUUUUUAAUUUGGGUUUGAUGGACACUUCUCUGCUACAGCUGCAAAACAACAAAUUGUGGUCUUAAAAACUAAAUUACAGAAAAACAUAGCUUUGUGAACAUCACAGGUUACGGAGAAAUUUAAAUAGUUUUAAAAACAUGCCUUUAUUGUGUUGUUAAAUUGGCAGUGGUGUUUCAAAUGUAUCAUGUCCUAUUAGUGUAUUUCAAUCAGGAUCCCUACAUUGGUGGGAAGGGCUGUCAUUAAAUGUUGUUAUGAGACAUUUAUGGUCCCUGGGAUGAAUCCUAAUUUUGGUUAUCCUCUGCUGCCAGCAUUUACCUGUUAUGUAUCGACCACACAAAUCUAUACAGAGAUUCAUGGUCCCCAGAAGAUCAUCACACUGGGAUUAAUGCCAUUUUUCCAACGACUAGGUUCACAUUUGUGGCUUUGAGAUGAAUUUCCUUGAAAUCACAUACACACACCAGUGAUCCCCUCAAGAUAAACUGUAAUAACUUUGAUGAUGCCUGACUUUUCAUGUAUCACCAUCAUCCCAUUAAACUUGAAAAAACUCAAUACUCGCACACAGAAAAACUUAAUUACAUUUCCUGUACAACUCAGAAGCCAAGCUGUAAACUCACAGCCUUGUUUUGACACUAACAGAAAAACUAGCUUCAGUGUACUUUGACAAUUCUACUCUUAACAAGUAGAAUGAAAGUGGGACAUACUGACUUCAAAUAAUCUAAAUGACGAUUUAAUUAAGACUCUUGCAUACUUUUCUAAACAGACACUUUUCAGUUUGUCCAAUCUACAAUGAAAUAUUAAAAAAAAUGUAACGGCAA